CGUGGUAUGUUUUUUUUUUUUCUAUAGCCUUUUGCGUUUGACUUGUGAUUUUAUCCCUGUUUUACCCCCUGUUUCGUUUUUUGUGAGGUUCUUUUCAUCCAGACUGACAUUUGUAUUGCACCUGAUGGAAGUAUAUUUUCUUCGCCUGCGAGAGUUUUGUAGCCUACUUUGUUUAUGAAUAAUAAAAAAUAAUAAAAACUGCCAUUCGCGCGCACCCGCGUGCGCCCAGCACGAGGCGCGGUGAAUGGCAGCCGCGCGUCGCCGCUCCAUCAUUCCCUCUGCGCGAGGAGCGGCUUGCCUGUCAGCUCCCGCCAGCUGCAACGGCCCAGCAGACCCAGCAUGUAGUCGGGAUUCAAACCCACACCCAGCAGCUCCCGGCCUGGCUGACUGCGCCACACACACUAACAAACACACACGGGGAGUCGUUGCCAUGACACCGAGUGCUCUUCUUCUCUGGAUGCUCCUCCAGUCCGUGGGAGCAGCCGCCGCAGCGCCCUCCCAGUGCCACCAGGGGGCGACCAUCCCGGAGGCGGUGCUGGCCCCGGCCCUGAGCAGCGGCAGCAGCGUCCUGCGGGUGCCGGGCGUGGCCUCUCUGGCCCGCUGCCGGGUCUCCUGCUGCGAGCGGCCCCGCUGCGACCUGGCCUGGCUCUUCCAGGGCCGCUGCUAUAUCCUCAGCUGCCAGCAGGGGGGGGCGUGCCGGCCCCAGAACCGCCCCGGGGCCGACUCCUACCUGGCCUUCGUGCUGCGGGGGCCCGCUCAGACCCUGGUCCUGGGGCCCCUGGGGCGGGGGGAGCCGUACGGGAGCCGCUGGGGGCCGCCGCCGUCGCCGCCAUCGUCGUCGUCGUCGUCGGCGCCCGGGGACCUGGAGGCCCUCAGGGACCUGGCGGUGUUGGAGGGGGAGGAGGGGCCCCCGACCAGGGGAGGGGGAGUGGGCGGGGACUUGGAGCCGGGGGGGUUCUCCCAUUGGCCGGCGGCGGAGAUUGAGGACAGAGGGGAGGGGCCGGUGACUGUCAACGGCUCGGCGGGAGGGCCCCCGUCUCCCGGGGCCCUCAGGGGCCAACUCGGAGAGCAGAGUCCCACUUUCCAUCCAGCGGAGAGCAGAGAACCCAGCCCUCCCACUGCACCAGUCAUUCCAUCGCCUUGGAAACCAACCACUUACCCCACCCAAAAGAGCCAUAUAAGGACAUCGCUUCCCACCGAGGCCACGCCCCUGCUCUCUGUUACCACGGCUACACCGACAACAACAGGUCUACCCCUUCAAGUGUCCACGGGAGACCCUGUAGAGUGCGCUAAGCCCGUUGUUACGGAUCAAGUUCACGCUCCAAUCAGCCCAGUACCCCCAGCUGGUAAGACACACAAUAACACACGCUCAAACACAUGUGUACACAAUCAAAGAAAUAGUGUUUGAAAGGGUGUCUAUCCUCCUUAGCUCUGAUUGGCUCUUCUGAAACAUCCAUCAAAGAUCAUCACAUUUACCCCCGUAGAUGUUUCAGAACUGAACGAGGAGUUCUUCAGUUCCACACAACCAGCUGGUGUUUAAACUAGAGCCCGACCCAUAAAGGAUUUUUAAGGCCAAUACCGAUACAAAUAUUUGGUGAUUUAAAAAUCCGAUAU